AUGACGGCGGGAGAAAAAAUAGAAGUCGUCGGGAUAUGCUACGUAACUAUGGAAGUUCAUGGACACAGAGUGGAGGAAGUGCCAUUGUAUGUGGUACAAGGGAAUGGACCUGCCUUAUUCGGUAGGGACUGGCUGCAUUUUGCGAAAUUUGACUGGAAAAAGUUAGCUGUAAAUCAUCUGCAUUCUGGUAUUCGGAAAACCUCAAAGUUAGAAGAACUGUUAAGGAAAUAUGGUGAUGUCUUUGAUGGUAAACUGGGUACAGCCAAGAAUAUAAAGGCUCAUAUUCGUGUAAGAAAGGAUGCAAAACCAAUCUUUUAUAAAGCAAGGACAGUUCCUUAUGCAAUCAGGGAUGCUGUGAAUGCAGAACUUAAAAGACUAGAAUUGGAAGGAAUUAUUGAGAAAGUUGACUAUAGUGAGUGGGCGGCACCGAUAGUGGCCGUUUCAAAAGACAAUGGUUCUAUUAGGAUGUGUGGUGACUUCAAGGUCAACAUAAAUCGUUAUGUGGAAAACCCUGAACAUCCAAUGCCAAAUCCAGAUGAACUAUACCAGCGACUGAAAGGUGGAAAAACUUUCUCAAAGUUAGAUUUAUCGCAAGCUUAUCAGCAAGUGGAAUUAGAUGUGGAAUCUAGGAAAUAUGUCACGAUUAACACACCACUUGGUUUGUACAGAUAUACACAUUUACCAUAUGGUGUCUCAGCAGCACCACAACUUUUUCAGUCUUUAAUGGAUAAAUUUCUGCAAGGAGUGCCUUGUGGAUGCAACUUAGAUGAUAUUAGUCUUACUGGAAGAACCGAAGCUGAACAUUUACACAAUCUUGAAAAGGUACUUUAG